GUAUAGAUUUAUUGAAACACCUCUCAUACACACAAACUAAAGGUCUGAUUCCUAUAAACUUUCAAAGUACUCCGUAGGGGACUGGUGGAGAUGGAUUUGCUAAAUUUAGGAUCACAAGCCAGACGUACUGGCUUGAAGCCUCGAGAAAACGUAGCGCGUGACCGCCAUGACAUGGAAGAUAUUGAUGAAUUUUUUGCUGAUGAAGGAGAAAAUGACUUUGUUUCCGAACAAUCAAGCAAACCCAGUGUGCCGCGGGCAACGUCUAGAGCUAGUGGGGCUCCAGUCUCUAGAAGUAUUACCGAAGAGCUGCAAACAAGAAGACCGCGUGGUGGAGAUUUUAAUAAUGUUGCAAGAAAGAUUGACUUCACAGAAACAGAAGCAGAAUCAUUUACACUUUCUCCCAUAACCUUCUCUGCUAAAGGUGCCCCGGUUAAGAAGAAUAAGAAGUCACCCCUUCGGUCUCCGCUACCAGAGCGUAGAGAUGUUGGAUACGAAAAUAAUGACAAUGAUAACGAUGAUUUUGAUAUGGGAGGGCUUUCAGACUUGGACAUGAGUUUACUGCCAGUAGAGAUUCCAGAAGUGGUCAAUACAAGAGAGGAGGUGAAACAACGUCGUGGAACGGGUACUAAUUCGUCUUCGACACCAAAGGCUCCUUCUUUGACUAAAAGAAUGGCUCUCGGGAAAUCUUCAGGGAAACGCCGGGCAAUGCCAAAGAAGAGACAACAGUCACCACCACCACCUUCAUCAUCACAGGAAGACUAUCUGCGGCUGUAUAUUGACGACGAAUCUUCAGGAGAAGAAUACAUGGAUACUUCGUACAAAGAAGAAGCGGCCAUAUCAGUCCCACUGCCUCCUAGGAAAUCCAAAAAACGCCCUUCUAACAAGGGAUCCACACCACAAGCAUCUUCAUAUACUGUCACUAAUCCAUCACCAUUACCAUCACCUCCUCCUGAUGGACUCAGGAGAUCUAGACGGACAAAAAUCGCCCCCUUGGCAUUUUGGAGAAAUGAACGUAUUGUGUAUUCACGAGCUCAUGAAGAUGAAAUACAUGAUGCAGAUUCUACAGAGUUACGCUUUAUGAAAUUGGCGCCACUUCAAGAAAUUAAGGAAGUAGUACAUAUCCCAGAGGUGACGACACAGACUGAUCGUCGGCCAAAACAUCAACCUCGACAUGCAACUAGGGCUUCAUCCAUAGGGGCAAGUACCAAGGAAACUAAUAUUGAAGGGUCAGAAUGGUUCAAGGACGAAUCUUUGACAUUAGAAGUAUUCAAUGAGCAAGGAGGAGAUAAACGAACUAAACGAAGAAUAGCUUGGGCUCCAGGAAGUGGGAAUUUUUUCACACCUCCAAGUGAUGCAAAUAAUCCAGCAUCUCGUGAAAACUUUAAAUUGGCUACUCUCUUUGACGGUGAUAACAAUUUCACCGCAAGUGGACUCUUGGAGUUGCCAAUUUCAGGUUUUAAGAAACUCAGACACACAGCCGAGCAUGUGUUCAUCUUCCAUGUGGUGCAGGGAACCCUUGAGGUGACAUUGAAUGAAUCCGUCUUUGUGGUAACAGGGGGUUGUUCCUUUGAAGUCCCACGAGGAAACAUGUAUGGAUUGAGAAAUGUUGGCCAAGAUACGGCAAGGGUUUUCUUUGUUCAAACGAAAAGCUUUGAAGAUGUUGCACCUGGUUCAGAUGGUGAGUGGGAUUAAUCAUUAAAAUAGAUUGUAAUAAUAAGGUGGGAUAUCAAAGGUGAAAUCCCAUAUUUAGACCUAGCAUUUAUAUUGCUUGAUUCGUUAAGGAGCGGGGAUAGUCAUUUGAAUAAUUACAUACUGGUGAAGUAUGGGAUUGUUCAAUACAUUUAGAAAACUUGAAAGCUAAAGCAUUACUACAGGGAAAGCACUGGGUUGCUACUCUAUAAUUCCCUGUCUAUAUAUAUAUAUAAAUUUAUGUGUGUGUAUAUCUACAGGGUAUGUACUAUAUAAAG